CUUUGAGUGAAGCAAUGGAUGAGACGUCUGAUGCCUUAUCUUUGAUGUACAGUAUGUGAUAAUCAUGUCACCUUUAUUUAGGUGGAAUAGCUCAUCAGUGAGAAACAAUAGGACGUGAUCAUGAGUUCAUCAGUGCUAAUAGGUUCAUAGGCCAGGUUUUGUCUCACAAGUAUCUUAAGGUAAUAAGUUUUGAGCCCCACCCUCUCUUAGGACAGGUAUAUGUGUACACACGCGGGCUGACAGACAGCAGACUGCUGGAGAUUACUUUAAUCGAGCUUUGGAAACUGUACACUGACUCUAAUUGUCAGUUUGGUGCACAAGACAGUGGAAAGUUGCUGACUUGAAGCGACCAUGGGAAACGAGCAUUCAACUCAGAAAAAACAUCAGGCAAAUGCUGAGAAAAAAGUCCAAAAUGGAGAGCUGAAUGGACAUGCAGUACCAGCUCCAGAUGAAGCUGAACCUGAGACAAGCAAAAAAGAAGCAGUGGGGCAAAAGAGUGAAACCCCACCAGUGCCUGUCACAAAUGAACCAAAACCACCAGAAAAAGAGGAGGUAGACAGCAGUAAAGCCAACGGACCCGCGCAUGUGGAAACGACCCCUGAGCAAAAACCGACAGUCGCAACAGAUGCAGAACCUCCCAAAAAAGCCCCAAAGCCCAGUGGAGAUGAGGUGCCCAACUUCCUUGGUAAAAUGUUCAAAAAGAAGAGCGAACCUGUGAAACCUGCAGCAGAAAACAACGAUUCAGUUGACGCACUGGCCAAAGCGGUGGAUCUGAAUAUCGACAUGCAGACUGAUCCAGUGGACAUUAAGAGCAGCGCAGAGCCGGAGCCGGAGGCUGAAGCUCUCGAACCCAGUCCUGUGGAAGCCGCAGAAGAAAACAACCCGUCAGAGGAGGUCAAAGCAGCAGAAAAGACAGUUAUGAACUUUUUCAAAACAUUUGUCACUCCGACCAAAACAAGCAAAGAAGCCAAAGCCACUCCUGAUGCUUCAAAAGAGCAGUCACAGAAAGAGACCCCACCAGCACCAUCAACAGAUGUACAGGAAGCACCGAAGGCCCCUCCUCCUCCUCCCCCAGCUCCACCUAAGAUGGAAAGCAAAGCAGAGCCGGCGGUGAAGAAAGAGGAAACGUCUGCAACAAAAGCAGCGGCAGCAGCUGCAACAAAAGCAGAGGGAUCUGCCAAGAGCAAAACUAAAACAUUAAGCAAACUCUUCCGUUCAAAGGUGUUGCUAGGCAAAGUGGUGUCAAAAGUUCAGGCGGCGACCAGCAGUGGAGCCAGAGCUAAGACGUCAGGAGUGCCUGUUGUGGUGGAAGAGAAAAAGCCGGUUGAGGUGCAGGUCGACGCGUCUAAGACCAGCACUCUCGAGGCCGCUGCCAAACCUGAAGAACCUCCAGCGCCAAAAGCAGAGGAGAAGAAACUAGAGAAGAAAUCCACUUUUGGAAACAUGUUCAAACCCAAGGUUCUGCUCGGCCAGGUGAGCAGCAGGAUCCAGGCUGCGGCGUCCAGUGCUGCUGCCAGCAUCUCCCUCAUGUCUGCUGCAGCGGCACCAGAGUCCAAGAAGGAGACUCCAGCUGCUCCUCCCGUGGCAGUCGCCGCUCCACCCGCGAAGGCCAAAGAGGAGCCGAGACCCACCGCUCCUGCACCACAAGCGGCCCCGGACAACAAAUCAGCCGAUAGCACAGAGAACGCCUCCCCCAACAUGCCCCACAAGCUGGAGAAGAGGAACUCCCUCCAGCUGUUCUUAAAGAACCUGGGCCAAAAACGCCAUUCUGAUGCCGGAGUGCAAACGGACCCUGUGGCACCCGAGAAGGCCAAAUAAAACCCCACCUUUGUUUUGAUCGCUCAU